ACUUAUACCCUACUGAAAGGGAACUGUCAAAUUGUUGUUUAUACAUGCAAGUUGUUGUCUCUUUCUUUUAAACUCGUAGAGAAAAUUACCACUUUUUCCCAAGUGCUGCCGUACAAAAUAUCAUCUAGCGUUGGUCGACAUCAUUUAACGUUGCAAUUUUAUGGAUAAUUUUACUUAAAAAUCAAAAGAAAUAUUCUUUAAUUUAGUGCAAAUAGUGAAAUUACUAAAAGAUUUAUUACAAUCUAUCAUAAAUUAAUAAAAACCAAGUGUUAAAAACAUUGUGUUAGCCUGGCAUUUGCGUUCUUUGUGGACGACAGAAGCAAGAAAAAAAGGAAAAAUAAAACACACCGAGAAAAAAAAUCAGAUAAAUUUUAGUGAAACCAAAAAGAGAAAAAAACUAAACGCAAGAAAAAAUUUAAACAUUAGCUGUACAUUUUUCUUUAUUUUUAUAUUGUGUUGUGUGAAAAAUUCCUUUCUAAAUGAACGACAUUUAUAAUUUUUGUUGUAAAAUCUGCUAUAAUCAUAAUAAAAAAUUAUAAAAAACACUACCUUGAUAAAGCUGCUUCUAUGUGAAAAAUGCGUGUUGGAAAGAAGCCCAACGUUGUAGAAGCUAAAAAGACACGUUCUUGUGUAGUACGUCUAGAGAAAGUUACAAAGAACUCACCCAACGUUUCACCGGCUCCGGAAGAAAGCCGCAGUAGUAUAAAUCGUCUCACACGCUUAAGUGUAAACACAUUAACGACUAUGGCUCCCACACCUAAAUUAAGAAGAGGAGUAGCUGUAGCAACAGCAACACCUCAACAGCAAAAACCCCAGAGUGGACCUAUCAAAAAGAGAAUCGUAGGUAGCAGCAAUAGUAUACAAACUCCCCAAACACAAAAGACCACGAACUCUAAUAUGACUAAUAUAAGAUCUAAUCAAAAAAUCAAGAUUAUACCCAGAUCAAAUAAAUCUACACCCGUUUCAACACCCUCCCGAGAUGAAACACCACCACCCACCAUUGCGGCAGGCAGAUCAAGACGCGCUAUUAAACCAAAUCCCAAAUAUGCCAGUGAAGAUUUGGUAACACCAAAAGUUGUGCGCAAUGUAGCUUCUUUAGGAUCCUCCGCCAGCCGGGGCGGGUCUGUGGCUCCGAGUGGCGGUAGUAAAACACGUAAAGCUUCUAGCAGUUCGGAUGAUUUCUAUAAUCGUAAUUCCGAAGAUGAUUAUAACGAAAGACAUGACAUGGACCAAGAUGAUGACGAUGAUGAUGAUGUUGAGGAUGAUGAGGCAGAUAUGGUUAACGAUAAAGCCUAUCAGGUUGAUGAGAAAGAUAAUCAAGAUGAUUCAGAUUUUUCCGAUAUAGAGGAACAGCCUGUGCGUGUCGUCAGGCCUCGUGGACGCCCCAAAAGAGUUCAAGAACCUGCAACACAAACAAACAAUAAAUUACCCACACAAGCAGCAGCCAACUCCCAAAACAAACGUGUUACAUCCUCUACUGCAGCCACGUCUACAAGUUUACGUUCUCAACCCUCACAAUUACAGCAAAUAAGACGUUCAUUAGUUACGGCCAAUAAUCAACGUAAUCUUAAUAUUUUGGCCGGUAGUGGAGCUACUGCUCAAAAACGCAAACUUGAGGAAAUCCAAGAUGACUCCAGUGAUAAUGAAAGUUCAUAUACUAUAAAACGAAAACAAUUAUUACUUUCCACUGCAGCGGGUAAUAAAGUUAAAGUGCCGGUUAAGGAGAGUCGUGUAAGUGCCACCUCUACUCCUUUCAAUAAAAAUCGUUUGGCGUUGCAGAAAUCGACAACACCAGCGCACAGCCAACAACAGCAGCACCAGCAAACUGUUAAUGGCAGCAGCAAUAAAUUUAGUAAUAAUCAAACAUCAAAUCAACGGCGGGCUAUUGAAAUAACAGCCAAGUCUAAUGCUCAGCAAAGACAGAACGUCAGCUCAGCCACGAAUGAACAACAAAAACAGAAAAGCCAAACAAACCAAACUAAUCUAACAACACAAGCUAAAUUACUGGCGGCCAAAACAAAUCGGCAACGCAGUGGUUCACCUAAACUACCCACACAAAAAGCUAGACAAAAUGGCGCCGCCUUAACAAUAUCCUCUAACUCAACUGGAUCUUCCUCCUCAACUACUGCUAACAGCAAAAUAAGCGAUAAAGCGAAAUCCCAACAGCAGAACAAUAUAAAAACAAAAACCACAACAUCACCAACACCAGCAGCUGCCAACAGCUCUAUUAACUCUGAAAACACCAUAGAUCUUAAAGAUGAUUCUCCCAAUUCCACCAUGGAUGAUUUCGAAACAAUGCCCACAUUUACCAUAGUCAAUGUCAAUGAUAUAAUCAACAAAAAGGGAGAUGUGUUGAUAACAAAAGCAAAAGCCAAUAACAACAAAGCUCCAACGGUUAUAGAAUUUUCGGAAAGUAUUAGUUUAGAUGAUGAAGAGGACGAGGAUGAUGAUGAUGAAGAAGAUGAUGUUAUGGAGUUGGCUACGGCGCCACCCAAAAAAUUACCCACACAUAAUAAUAACAAGAAAACAUCUUCCCUAGCUCGUUCUAGCGAAUCAUUAAGAAAGUUACCCACAAAAUCAUCAUCAUCAUCUACUACACAACCCGCACCCCAAAUACUUAAUCAUAAAUUGGGUUUGCGUAAUACAAGGGUAACGGCCAAAACUACCACUACCUUAACGGCCACCUUGAAAUCACCCGACAAACCAGCGCCACGUAUAUUAAAUUCCAUGGUGGCUAAGAAAACACAACCGGUUAAGCCACUAAUAGCAAAUAUGGAGGAUUCUGCUGAUGAAAGUUUUCCUUUGUCUUUGGAUGAAGACGAGGAAGAGGAGGAAGAGCAAGAGCAGCAGCAUGAGCAAGAAGAAGAAACUGAAGAUGAGAUAGAGAGUAGGUUUGGUAAACAACGCCAGAAAUUAACGCAGAGAACUAGAAAGCGAGAACAAAUCUUAAGGGAUAUGGAUACUGAAGACACCGAAUCGCAAAAUACCGAAGAAGAUGAGAGUGUAUUACAAACUAGCAACAGUAGCAAUAAAGCUAAUUACAAAAACAACUCCUCCACAGCAGCCCUGACAUCCAAACAAACUGCCCUGACGCAACGCAAAAAACGUAUCAACGCUGUAUCUCAUACACCCAUAGUGGUGAGUAGUAAUAAAAAGCGUUUAACACCAGCAGCGGCUAAAGAAAAUUCUCUAGCAGCCACCAAUCAGCAAGUCAACGAAACAACGCCGGCGUUACCGAAUCCCAAACAAGCAAUUGUUCCCACGCUCCCAGCACGCAAUAAAACAAAUAACGAAAAAGUCGUUAUUUCCAAGCAGGGCGAUAAAAUCAUUAAGAAAAUCACUUGUUUCGAAACCUGGUAUGUCAUCAAUAUGCCGCCCGAAAUAAAACGCUCCACAAUUAUUAAAAAUCAAUUGGAAAUGCCUUUAAUACGUUUAGCCAAUAAUGCUAAAAACAUUUGUCUGCCCAAUGAUCUGUGGAGCACUAAGGUCACACUUUACGAACUUUCACCCCAAACAUUGGGUAAAGGUACCUAUGCCACCUUUACGGGUGAUCUUUUCGAGCAUAAUAUCAAAGAAGAAGAUCGUGGUAAAUAUCAGCCUUCAUGUGUUAUGUUUCGCCGUUCUAUAGAAAAGUCACAAGCCUCACGUAUGCCCUACGAUCGAGCAGUUAUAUUUAAAAAUAAAACAUUUUACACUAACAUCGAAGGCAAAAAUGUUAGAUUAGUGGGAGCGCCCAGCAUAGUAUAUAACGAAAGGGAAAUUGAAAUUUUACUGCAGGUCGUGGAUACUCUGACACUACAAAGUGAUUUUGUAGAACAUAUUUCUAUAGUACAGUAGAA